ACAAUACCAUUCCGUGUUCCUAAUCGGAGAUCGGCCCUAAUCGAUCGGAACUUAUCUCCGGUCAAUAGCCCGGAGAACCACGUAGAAACCCUAAUGAAGAUUUAUCAUCUUCAACAAAUCUUGUCAUAUUUUUUUCUUGGCAUUAUAGUGUCGGCUGAUGUAACUCUUGGGAUUAGAUUUCCGAAUCCGAUUUCUCAAGUCAGCGGAAAUCCUCCCGAUCAGCUUCUCAAGACAGCGGUUUUCUCUCUUGGAAGCUUCUGGAGGUCGGAAUCUGUGUUUGGUUGCUUGGAUGGAGUUGUGAGGACCACUGUUGGCUACGCCGGUGGAUCUAAAUCCAAUCCCGAGUACCGAAGCUUGGGUGAUCACGCCGAAUCCGUACAGAUUGAAUAUGAUCCUCGGCUGAUUAAUUUCAGGCAACUUUUGGAGGUCUUCUGGUCUAGCCACGACUCUAGGCAAGUGUUUGGACAAGGUCCUGAUGUCGGCAACCAAUACAGGUCUAUUAUUUUUACUAAUGGAACCGAUGAGUCCAGAUUGGCUGCCGUGAGCAAAGAAAGAGAGCAAACUAAGUCGAGGAGUAGCAUUGUAACUACCCAAAUUCAACAGCUUGGAACCUUUUAUCCUGCAGAGCCUGAACACCAGAAAUUCGAGCUAAAACGAAACCCCUUCCUUCUUCAGCUGAUUGGUAACUUGGCGGAAGAAGAACUGGAGAAAUCAAGAUUGGCAUCGAAGCUGAACGGAUAUGCAGCAGAGCUGUGUCCGCCAAGAAUCCAGAGUCGGAUAGAUGGCAAGAUCAAUGAAAUUAUACGAAAAGGGUGGCCUAUUUUACAAGAUCUGUAGGUAAUGUUAAAGAGUCACGUGUAUUUUUCUAAGUUUUUGAGUUGAUAUUUUUUAAUGCAUUAUAUUAUCAGAAGCAUCAUCAUAUUCAUGAAAACUACUGCUACUGCUACUGCU